GUCGAUCACAGUACGCUUGUUAUCCCGUUGUAGUACUUCUCUCGCUGUUUAUAACAGCACAAGUGCGCUAUUUUGUCUUCUAAGAAUUUGUGUGGUGUUCUGCGUUUUAUAAAGAAUGUCUUUCAUUUACAACUCGCUUAAAUGUUUACUGAACUCAUCAAACGGAAUUUCCCUUGGAGUAGCUGCAGUUGUGAUAUUAAUUGUAAUCGUUUAUGAAUUAAAGCUGAGUCGAAGUCGACGUUUGCAGAACAAAAAACGCCUCUCCGAACAACAGAGAUACAAUGUAUCUCGUGACAAAGCGGAAAAUAAUUCUGAAGACAUAUAUGACGAAACAAUAGCAGAUGAUCACGAUGCGAAGAUUUUGGUUCCUGUUGAAGAUCUCGUCCCGCAGAUGCCGUUCAGCCCGGAGAUUUAUUCAGAGGAGGAAAUGCUGAAGAAAUCAAAGAACUUUUACCAAACAAUGAAUGCCAGAAGAAGUUGUCGAUUCAUCUCUUCAAAACCUGUACCCAUCGAAAUUAUCAACAACAUUAUUCUCACUGCAGGGACUUCUCCCAGCGGAGCGCAUACUCAGCCCUGGACCUACGCAGUGAUAUCAAACCAGCAACUCAAAGCAGAAAUACGUAAAGUCAUCGAGACUGAAGAAGAGAUGAAUUAUAGACGGAGGAUGGGAAAAACUUGGGUGUAUGAUGUACAAACUAGAACCCAGACCACGUGGGUGAAACCGUAUCUGGAAGAAGCUCCAUAUAUCAUUGUUAUUUUAAAGAAGGUGUAUGGAAUUGGUGAAAAUGAUAAGAAGAUCAACUAUUAUUACAACGAGAUUAGUACGAGUAUAUCUGUUGGAAUAAUGCUGGCAGCAAUUCAGAACGCUGGUCUUGUUACAGUAACCACAACGCCACUAAAUUCUGGUCCUGCACUUCGACAGAUGCUUCAGCGUCCAAUAAACGAGAAAGUACUCAUAUUGCUACCCAUAGGAUACGCAGCUAAAGAUGCAGCAGUGCCCGAUCUAAAGCGUUACCCAAUUGAAGAUAUCAUGAAAUUGUAUGACUAAAGUAAAUCAUGCCAGAUGGUUUGGGUGACCGAGGAGAAAGCUUCUUCAUAAUCAUUU